AACUAUUCAUCAAUGAACGACGUUACCCACUAUGUAUAGACUAAAUCAGCUUUAGAAAUACAGUUUGCUUAUUUGUGACGAUCAAAACCGCGGCUUUUCAGUUAUUGUUUAUCUAACAUUUCGUAAGGACGAAGCAUAAGCUCAAAACGGUUGAUGCACUCUCCCAGCUGUGAGUUUUGAAAAUCCUCCCUCCCGACUACACGUCCGCUGCAGUGUCCCACAGUAUCCAAAGGGCUCGUCAUGGCGCUCGGACGCAGGAACUCGCUUCUCCUGUUUUUCUUCUAAAUUUAAUCAACCUGAAUCUCUCGGACUCGGAUUUUUGGCUGUUUCAACUUAACGACCCAAGGGCGAUGACCUGUUCCUUGCUGAGAUAUACGGAUCUGAAUAGAUAAACUUGUGUCCAACCGUGCGAUCAAGAUUUCAGGAUCCCUUUUCCACGGCGAAUUCCCUAGUUUGAGGAACUCGGGAAAGAAACUGUUCUGGAAGAAGAGGAGGAGUGAGAAGGGGCCCUUUUUUGAGUGAAUGCUAGAGACAGAAUCAUGACUGCGGCAUGGGAGUGACAUGACAUCAGCAUUGGACUUUCCCUCCAAACAACCUUAUAUCCACACACCCACACCAUGUGCUUCUCUCUUCGGCGAGGCAGAACUGACUGAAUGAACGACUACGCUGAGAAAGAUUGUGCGAGUGUGAAAAUGGACGAGUCUGCGCUCCUGGACCUGUUGGAGUGUCCGGUGUGCUUGGAGCGGCUGGACGCUACGGCGAAGGUGUUGCCGUGCCAGCACACGUUUUGCCGGCGCUGCCUGCUUGGCAUAGUGGGGUCGCGUGGAGAACUACGCUGCCCGGAGUGCCGCACGCUAGUGGAGAGUGGCGUGGAUGAGUUGCCUAGCAACAUCCUCCUGGUACGGCUACUGGACGGUAUCAAGCAGAGGCCGAGGAGGACAGGAAGCAUGCACGUCACGGGUACAAAUGGAUCUGCAGUGGCAGGGGUCCGAGCACAGGGUGCUGGAGGAGGCCAGAGGGAUCCAGGUCUCACGGGGGCACAGUCUCAGAGGGUGCAGGCCAAGAGCACUCCAGUUAGGGGAGUUCCUCAGCUACCUUGUGCCAAGGCUUUAUACAACUAUGACGGCAAAGAACCCGGAGAUCUCAAGUUCAGCAAGGGUGACAUCAUCAUCUUGCGCCGGCAGGUGGAUGAAAACUGGUACCAUGGAGAGAUGGGCGGAGUCCAUGGAUUCUUCCCCACCAACUUUGUCCAGGUCAUCAAACCUCUCCCACAGCCGCCCCCUCAAUGCAAGGCCCUGUAUGACUUUGAGCUGAAAGACAAGGAGGCUGACAAGGACUGCUUGCCAUUUUCAAAGGAUGAUAUUCUUACUGUGAUUCGUCGUGUGGAUGAGAACUGGGCAGAAGGCAUGCUGGGAGAUAAGAUUGGCAUCUUUCCUAUAUCAUAUGUAGAGUUUAACAGUGCAGCACGACAGCUUAUAGAACUGGACAAGCCAUCUGAAGGUGGAGGAGACUCUAGUGAAGGGCCGUCCUCCUCUUCCUCAGGCCCCCAGGCUAACGGCACCCAGAAAGCCACUGGAGAGAAGAAGAACAGUAAGAAGCGACACUCUUUCACCUCUCUGACUAUGUCCCAUAAACCCUGCCUGGCCCCUCCACCUCAGAGACACUCCAUGGAGAUCAGCGGCCCGGUUCUGAUCAGCUCCUCCAACCCCACAGCAGCGGCCCGGAUCGGAGAGCUCAGCGGAGGCCUGUCCUCCAGCGCACCUUCACAGGUUCACAUUUGCACAGCAGGACUCAUUGUUACUCCUCCACCAAGCAGUCCCGUCACCACAGCGACAGUUUUCACAUUUCCUCCAGAAACCAGCUAUGCCUCUAUUCCAGUGGAUGCUCUUCCUCCUCCUCCUCCUCCUCCCCCCCAGUCACAGUCCUCAGCUGUGGGCACUGCCACCUUUAAUGCUGGUCAGAGGCCGUCGCCCGCUGCGGGUGACCAGAGUGGCCGUCAGAGACCCACAGUGUACGUGGCGAUGUUUCCCUACACACCUCGUAAGGAAGAUGAGUUGGAAUUGAGGAAGGGGGAGAUGUUUCUGGUGCUGGAGCGCUGUCAGGACGGCUGGUUUAAAGGAACAUCCAUGCACACCGGCAAGAUCGGAGUGUUUCCUGGUAACUACAUGAGUCCUGUUAACAGGACGGUUUCUGGCAGCAGUCAGCCAAAAGUUCCCCUGACCCUGUGUUCACAGGCGGGACGUGGUGUCACCAUCGUCAGCCCCGCUUCUGCUCCUCUUGGAGCUGCCCUGGGGAGUGUCGACCCCAGCAAACCCCUCCCAGUCUGCCCAAAUCCCACCCCGUCUUGCCCACUUCCUGCUGCUGUUGUGUCAGCUGCACAUGUACCCUCUGGACAGCACCCCAAAGUGCUCAUGCAUGUGACGUCACAGAUGACCGUUAACCAAGCACGCAGUGCGGUCAGGACAGCUGUGAGUCAUAGUCAGGACCGGCCUACGGCAGCAGUGACACCCAUCCAAUCCCACAAUCCUCUGUCCUACCUUCCUAGCACAGCUGUGGUUCUUCAGGCGUCACCUGUCCUCGGCUCCAGUCCAGGGUCCUCGUCAGCCAGAGUCGGUGUGGCUAUGAGCUGUGCCGCCGCCUCCUUGACCCCUCCUAAUGUUAGCGCUGCUUCUCUGGACAGUGAUGCCAUGAGACCUGUCUCUGUUGUAGCACUUCCUGCCAGCACAAAAUCUCUCGGUUCAGCCUCGAAUCAAGGUGUUGCUUGUAGACUGGAUAAAGACUGCAAGAGAGAAAAGAAAGGCCUGUUGAAACUGCUGUCUAACAAAAAGAAGCUCCGCCCAUCUCCCCCAUCUUCCCCUACACUGGAGGCGGAGCAGUCUAUUGCCAUGGAAAUGCCCCAGGGGGCAGUCGGACCUGAGAUGGCUCCGUCAAGCUCCGCAGUGGUGGCAGCAGGACACAACGGCCGUACUGGGGUCUGUUUGAUUGAUUCUGAGCUCUCUGUGUCCUCGUCUUCAUCAAACACAGACACAGCGUCACACAGAGCAAGCUCCCAAGACAACACUGCCCCAAUAGCCCCGCCUCCACGACAGCCAUGCUCCUCCCUCCUCUCAAUGCAGCAUGACGGCCGGCCAAUCGUGUGUGAAAGGUACCGUGUGAUGGUAUCCUACCCUCCCCAAAGCGAAGCAGAGCUGGAGCUCAAGGAGGGAGACAUUGUGUUUGUGCACAGAAAACGAGAGGACGGCUGGUUUAAAGGAACACUUCAGAGAAAUGGCCGAACUGGGCUGUUUCCUGGCAGCUUUGUUGACAGUAUCUAACACAAAUAGUGUUUAAGAACAUAACAUUUAGAUAUCAAAUUCUCCAUCACUGAAAAUACAGCACUGAACUACAGCUUUAAUAGUUCAGAUUGAUGAACAGCAGUGAUCGGUAGGACUGGGCUGCUUAGGACUGUUGGAGCAAACUGUGAGGGUCAUCAGAUGCAUGGAUUCGACCACAGUCUGAUGAAAAUCUCAAAACCAACUCGACUGGUCCUAGUCUUUCAGCAGUAGAUCAAAUAAUUUUCCUGAAGCACAUGAAUUCAACACAGUUUUAGCCGUUCUGACUAGACACCCUAUUUCUAGCACAGUAGAUCAAGUCGUGAUAGGAUUCGUAAUUUAUGCAUCUGUAACAUUUCAAAGAUUAUUAAUGUGUGCCUUGUACUGUCUCACUUUUACUGUAUAUAAGCAAAGUGAAGCUUAUCUGAGUCAUGACAAGAACAAUAUUCAUUUUCUUCAACAUUUAACUUAUUUGUGUUUCGUAGGAAUGCAGUUUUUUAGAAAUGGUUUGUUAUGUGAGCCGAUUGGUCAGCGCCUGAAGAGCCUGAAUAAUGUCACUGGUCAUUUCAGAUGAAGAGUCUAAUGCACUCCGAAACAUUGGUUUUGACCAUCUAUGUCUACUUAAGCUUGCAUAUAAUCUGCUCUUUGAGUCAUAGGAUGUGGAGUGAGGACACUGCAGGCCUUUCUCACGAUCGGAUUGCUGUAACUUUACUGAGUGAGGGAAUGAAGGAUAGCAUAUUGUUAUUUUUAAAAGAAAAAGAUGACACUCAGACAUUUUAAUCAAAUAUUACUAAUAUUCCUUUGCAAUAACAUAGUUUUUUUGGUAGUAGAAAAGCCACUGAGCAGAACAGAAACAAUCACUCAUAGUAAAAGCUCAGACAGUGAUAGUGCCAUUAUUCUUUUGUGCACGUGUUUGUUCCCUCUCUGGUUUAGUUUACUUCAGGCCCAUACGUGGACACACAGCUGACCCAUCUUUACUGAUUAUUAUGCAGUGGACAGUAGUCUUUACCUACCAUAACAUUACAAACUGCUUGAAAAAUGUCCUUUAAAAACAGUUUCUAACCCCAAAUUCACAAACCAUUGGUUUUUGCUUCUCUUUAAGUCCAGUUUAUGAUGUUGUCUGCUGUACUUUAGUAUUUUAUGUGAUAUUUCAUGUUUUGUAUACUUGAAAAUUGUGUCUUUUAUGCUUCAUACAGUAGAUGAAAUGUUUUUAUUAUUUUGAAAGCACAAAGUGGUCUUUGCCUGUUUUUUUUUUCUUUUUGUUUGAAGAAUUUUUUCCUCCUUUUUUGUCUUGAUGGCUUUACAACUUCAUUUGUUGUAUUGAUGAAAUUUACCAAACUGCCUGUUAAAAGGUUUUAUUUGAAUCUUUAUUAUUUGUUUUUGAUCACUGGUUUCCAUCUCCAGUUAUAAACCACCGGAUGUCUAGUCGUGGCAUACUGAGUCGACACUAGAUUAAACACAAGGAUCAUUUCACUGCUUGAAUCAAGCAAGUUCAGAGUUGAUUUCAGUCAUUCAUCUCAGUCAAGAUUUCAGUAAAUGGUGUAUUAUUCACACAGCAGAACAAAAGCUGAUCACUUAACAUUUUAUUUAAUUUCAUUAAAGUGUGUGUUAGAUGGAAGGGGUAUAAAAUAAAGUAAUAACUUUUGUAAAACAUGUUUUGGAAUACUGUUGUGAGUUGAG